CGAUGGGGCAGUAUUCCUCCCACUGACACCAACGAUGGGGCACUAUUCCUCCCACUGACUGACACCAACAAUGGGGCAAUAUUCCUCCCACUGACACCAACCAUGGGUCACUAUUCAUUCCACUGACACCAACAAUGGGGCAGUAUUCCUCCCACUGACACCAACGGUGGGUCACUAUUCAUUCUACUGACACCAACAAUGGGAAACUAUUCCUCCCACUGACACCAAUAAUGGGGAACUAUUCCUCCCACUGACACCAAUGAUGGGGCACUAUUCCUUCCACUGG